GAAAAAGUGGUGGCGGAAGGGUCUACUAAUAUUAACGAUGCCCUUUUAAAAGCUGUCGCAUUGUUUGGUCAAGAACAAGAUGGAGAUGACCGAGUCGGACAAAUAGUUGUUUUCUUAACUGACGGAGAACCAACAGUCGGAGUACAGAACCCCAGAUCGAAUCAGGAGAAAUGUUCGCGACAAAAACUAAUUAUGGAGGAAAAAGAGUGUUGUAAGUCGAGUAUUUUCACUAUCGCCUUUGGUUUCGGGUGCUGCAACAGACUUUUUAGAUGCUCUUCCAACGAAAAUGAAGGUUUCUUGAAAGUAAUAAGGGACAAAAAUGACGGUGAAGACAUUCUUGAACUAUAUAACGGUGUAGAAAACCCUUACUUAAAAGACAUCAUUUUUAGUUUCAAAGCGGGGGACGAAGAUGUACCGGAAGAAAACACAACUCGUACAGAAUACCGACAAUACGACUGUGGAAAUGAGAUAGUUGUUGCGGGUUCGACCUUUCCUGGUGCGGAUCUUCGUCCAGUAAUUCAGGCAUCCAAUAACAAUGGCACAGUAAGUUAUGAGGGUAUGCAGAUAAUACGAACUGCCGCUGUGGAUGAAAAUCGCCUGUCGCGUCUUCUUGCCUAUCAAAGAGUCAAACAACUUCUCAAACAGGCCGAAAUAAUUUUAGAUGGUAACAAGCUUAGCUCAGAAUUAAUGAAGGAAAAUGCUCUAAAUAUAUCGUUGCAUUAUGGAUUUGUAACACCACUGACAUCUCUAAUAGUAACGGAAUAUUCGCCUAAAAAGAUGGCAUCACCACCAGCAAACCGUAUGGGAGCACUUGCUAAAUCACAGUCCGGUUCGUCGAAAUCCGUGCAGUAUGAUUUAUCAAACUUUUUUUACGAUGAUACGGACUUUGAUCAGCAGGAUAUAAGAAAUAAAACAAAUUCCGCUAACAACUUUGCUGUCAACAACAGCAUGUGCUUUGUCCUCUUUAUGGUCAUAUUGAGUCUUUAUUAAAGUCCAUUCUAGCUAUUGCUCAUUUUUAUUUUUACACAAUUAGAAUAACUGAUCAAACAAAAAAGGAAAUAUUAAAAAUUAGAGAAGAAACAAAUAAAAGAGGACAAUGAUAUAAAUUUUCAUGCAAAGGACAAGUAACAACACUUAAACACUUAGUCAUAGAGUUGUGGAUUCUUGGGACACGUAAAAUUCUGAGGUCGUGGAAGCUACAACACUGAA